AUGGAGGAGGGCCAGAAGCAGGUCAUCCAGAACAAGGCUGGCGGCGAGCGCAAGACGGACCGCGUGAGCCAUGAUUGGUGUGCCCGCACCAAGCGCAGGGCUCAGCACCAGUGCAGAGGCGAUCCUAAUGAGUUCGAGGGCUGGUCGGACGUCGACCCCGAGACCAAGGCCCGCUUCUACGAGAGUUCGGCGGACCUCUUCGGCGACGCGCUGUGCAAGGCGACGAAGGAAACGAUCAACGUCACCAAGAAGAGGAAGGCUCUCACUAGGUUUCGCGAGUGCGGCAAGUACCACCCCCUCGAGGACGUGUCCGAGAUGCCGAAGUUCAAGAAUAACCCAGAGGCCCUCCAGCAGUUGCUCGGGACCGCGCCGCGCCACACCUGCAAGUACAGCGGCCUGAUUGAGAUCUACGUGCCCGAGUACGAGUUCGUGAAGGACGAUGAGGAGGAGGAGGAGGAGUGCAAGGAUCGCGGGGUCCACGGCGAGAAGAAGCUGAAGAGGAAGGCGGCUCCGAAGGAGCCGAAGCAACCAGGGGCGCCGAGACCGAAGAAGCUGCUCACCGCAGUCAUGCGCAAGAAGAUGGAGGGCUUGAGGGAUGACAUCCACGGCUCCGUUCUGGCCCUCGGUGGCAGCAUUGCCGUCGCGACGGCGCCUGCUGUUGCUGGCGCGUACGUGCCCCCUUCGAUCGCGAGGAAGGCUCAGGAGCUCUACGACGAGUUGCAGGCUCGCGCGACCGAGGUGGCGGCUCUCUGCGACAGCGACGAGACCACCAAGGAUAUGGCCACGGCUGCCAUCGACAAGAACACCACCAUCAUGAAGCAGCAGGAGGCGCUCUCCGAUAAGAUCAAUGGUUUGAUCGAGGAGAUGCCCGAGAGCGAGCGGGCCAUGCUCAAGGCGGAGGACGCCGAGGGGAGCGGGCCCGAUGACGGUGGCGCAGGGUGCGCGGAGGCGACGAGGGGGGAUGCUGAGACCAGCGGGGGGGUGGUCACUCCAACUGCGAAGGGGCCCGAGGACUUCCCCCCGAUCACCCCGCUCGACCACAAACCGUUGAGGCCCUUGCCAGCCCGCGAGCGGGGUGAUCAUAAGGGGCCUCAGGGCGCUGCCGCGGCGAGCUCGGACGAGCACGACGUCGCGUCCGCCGAGGAUGCGGCGGAGGUGGAGGAGGAUGCAGCUGAGGACGGCGGGGGCGAGAGAGUGAUGAAGAAGCCUGUUGGCAGGGGUGGCGGGCGCGGGCGUGGGCGCGGCGGCGCCGCCACCACGUCCAAGGCCAAGGCCUCGGCCCGCAGGGCCAUGGCGUGA